GAUAACCUGUGCCUGUCGUUGUUAGCUUUCUUUCCAAGGUUCUCGGCAGCUUGGCUGUGCUUAUCGAGAUACCUUUAUGUGUACCGGCCAGGGUUGGUCUGCUAACAUGCAGCGGUGCCGACAUGCUCCGGCGAGGGUCCAGGACGUCGGGAUCGGCGAGAGAUCUGCCGAACAGCUCUGCUACAAGACCGAGGUGUUCGAGCUCGCAAAGAAUCAAGCAACCAAAUUCACAAUACACAACCAUGCCUAAGACGAUUUUGAUUACUGGCACAAACCCCGGCGGUAUUGGAAAUUCGCUUGCCCGCGAGUUCCACGCCAAAGGUCUCCGCGUCUUCGCGACUGCCAGAAACACCGACAGCAUUACCGACCUUGCCGAAAUAGGAAUCGAAACGCUGUCACUCGAAGUCACUGACCCGGAAAGCAUCAAGGCUUUGAAAGAGGAGGUUGCAUCGCGUACAAGUGGAAAGCUCGACUACCUCGUAAACAAUGCUGGUCGCAACUACACUGUGCCAGCCACCGACAUUGACUUUGAGCAAGUCCAACUGACGUACGAGGUCAAUGUCUUUGGAGUUAUGCGCAUGUGCCAGGCAUUCACACCGCUGUUGAUCGAGGCCAAGGGUACCAUCGUGCAGAUUGGCAGCUUGGCUGGUGUGAUGCCUUAUGUCUUUGGCAGCGUUUACAACUCGACAAAGGCUGCUCUGCACUCAUACAGCAACACGCUCAGAGUUGAGUUGGAGCCCUUCGAUGUCAAGGUCGUUACUGUCGUGACUGGUGGUGUCAAGAGCAGGAUCGCAAGAAACGACUGGCAGCUGCCCAGAGACUCAAUCUACCUCCCCAUCGAGGCUGAAUAUCUGAGACGCACAAAGCACUCGCAAGAAGUUGGUAUGCCUAACGAGAAGUAUGCAAAGUCUGUCGUGAGUCAGGUACUCGGUGGUCGUCACAAGAGACAGUUCUGGGAAGGUUCAUUUUCGCACAUCGUCUGGUUCUUGACCACUUUCAUGCCAGCCAGAAUCUUUGAUUACCUUUUCUGGCGCAACUUUUGUAUGUGGAAGCUCAGAGAGGCUCACACCAAGAAGCUUGCAUGAACAACAGCCGAAGAAGAAAUGGCUGCGCAGGAACACAAAAACAUGAGGUGCUGGUCAAAUUGUGCAUAAGAAAGCAGACGGUGAUGUUGUGAUAUACCCAGGGAAUUGAGUUUGUUUCGUUGCAAUCGUUGAUGUUUCUCAAAUACAUAAUGCUAUGCAUGCCAGAUGCAAAUGCGCUCAUACAAAUCCAGCAGCAGUAGUCUUCUGACGAUAUUCCUCAAAGGUCGUAGCGUGACCACCUCGGCUGUUCGCUCUCGCUCUGCGUUCGAAGUCACUUUCCAUAGGUUCUUCGCCGCGUUUGCGGUCUUCCCAUUCUUCUUCCUCUCUGGCAAUCAGAGCAUUGAACCUCGUCUUGCCGUCCCGAGUGAAAUAGAGAGCUGGAGAAUUCUUCUUGGCUACAGCUUCAGUCAAAGCGAUGUGCUUGAUGUCUGAGCCAGGCGUUUCG